GAUACAUCACGCAUCUAAUUGGGAAUGCCAGAGAUGAUGGCUUGUUAAAAGAGUUUCUAAACCCACAACCUGGUCGGCCCUUACUGCACUUCACAGUCUAUCUCGAGCACCAGGCACCGAAGCCGACUAUGACAAAGUUUCUGCUAGAGCAGGGCGCUGAUGUCAAUGCAAAAUACGAGGAGAAAACAGCACUAGAGAGCAUGAUACUCCAUGAGUGUCAAGCCAAUGGUGAUCCUCAUUUGACGAUUCUCCGCCAUCUGAUUGAUAGUGGAGCAGAUCCCAACACCUACUACCGCCCGCACUGGGCUUACACAAAUAUUUGGUAUCCUUUGUUGCACAUCUUUGCUCAUUUGGAUUUUGUAAUCGAUUUAAAACCUCGGAACGACUUUUUACAUUUCAUGGCACAGAAGGGGGCCGAUUUGAAUGCAGUGGAUGUAGCUGGCCGAACCUUAACCGAGGUUUUGUAUUGGGAAAACAAAACAAUCCCACAAAAAGAAUGGAAGUUUCUAUUCCUGAAGGGAGCACGAAUUACGAAAUCCAUGAUCAGUAUUAACUUCAAUCGUGUCUGGGACUGGUUCCCAGUUGACGACGCACCGGAAAGCCAAGCGUGGGCACUGCAGCCUGCCCCUAAUACUGCCACAUUGACAUUGGGAAAUAGCGAGCAGCGGAGCCCGACAGAGGAGGAUGACAGUGAAGGAAUGAUUUCACUCAGAAAGAACGAAUAUGCCGUGUUGCUUCCAGAGCAAACCAGUUCUGGGCUUGAUAUCAGUCUCGCUACUCGUGGAACUAGAGAUUCUACCGAAGCAUGGUCUUACAUGACUACCCCUAUGACUGAAGAGAAGCGAAGGCUGCAGGGUCUUUGUGAUGGUGACAGCCCCCAUAACGCUUAUAAGGUGCUACAGAAGACCGAGUUCCGACAAUUGGAGUGGUACACAGAAGAGGCUGCAGAAGCAGCAGUUCAGAUGUGCCCUGAUUGGUUUCGGACUGCGGCGGUUUAGGUUGUUCUGUUGCGAUUAACUGGCAAGUGAUGUUUAUGUAUAGUUGCGAGGUUAAA